CCAGGCCCCCUCCUCCUUCCCCUGCACCUGCCUCCCGCCGCGCCCCGACUCGCCGGCCGGCAGCUCCCGGGGCGCGGAGCCGGAGCCCACCAUGGGCCACCUGCGGGGCGGGAUGCGCUGCAUCAAGUUCCUGCUCUUCGCCUUCAACUUCGUCUUCUGGCUGGCAGGGUUGGCUGUCGUUGCCUUUGGACUAUGGCUGCGAUUUGGUGGGGUCCUGGGAGACUUAACUUCGGAGGAAAAAUCCCCAGAGUACUUCUACAUGGGGCUGUAUGUGCUCGUGGGAGCAGGGGCGUUGAUGAUGACAGUUGGAUUUUUUGGGUGCUGUGGAGCAGUGCGGGAAUCUCAGUGCCUGCUUGGAGCGUUUUUUGCCUGUUUGCUGGUGAUAUUUGCUGCUGAAGUCACUGCUGGAGUGUUUGCAUUUAUAGGCAAAAAAGUGGCAGUACAGGAGGUCCAGACCAUCUAUAAAGAAGCUUAUGAUGACUAUGUGAUGGACAUGGGGAAGAGCAACAAAACUCUCAUUCAGUUCCACACAGUUCUUCAGUGCUGUGGUAAAGAAAGUGAGAUUGAGGUGAAGCCCACCUGUCCAGAGGGCAUCCAGAUGCCCAAGAACUGCCUGGAUGAAAUCCAGAAUUUAAUUAACUCUAAUCUGCAGUUAGUUGGAAUCGUUGGAAUUGGAAUUGCUGGCAUCACAAUCUUUGGCAUGAUAUUCAGCAUGGUUCUCUGCUGUGCUAUCCGCAAUACAAGAGACAUGCUCUAAAACUCACUGCACAAUUUCUAUGCUCCGGGACUUCCAGACUAAACUUUACAAGAUGCAUUCUCUGAGUUUAAUAAUUGUAAUAUAUUUUUGAUUAGUGUUUUAACCAACUGGGAGGAAAAGGCCCCAUUUGGUGAGUGUGACUUGCAUUAAUUGUGUUCAAACUUUUAAGUCAGAAAACUGAAAUGAGUAAAAUGAGGGUUUAAAAUGUACUUUCUUAAAAUGAAAAGGCAAAGCUGGUACCUAAAAUUAAAUUGUUUUUAAAUAUUUUUGCAUAUAUACGGCUGAGUGCCUGUGUAUUUAUAUACAUUGGGUAAGCACCUGCCUGUCUCCACAUACGGAUCUGCAAGAGUGCACAAGUACAGAUAUCUGUGUAUCUAUAGUAUAUUGUGUGGGUGAAUGCAUGCAUAUGACAUAUGUUGUGUGGGCACAUGUUUGCAUGCACAUUCCUGCACUUUCCCCACUCUGUGAGAGUGUGCAUACAGCCCUGGCAUAUAUCCAGGUUGAAACCCUUUCAUAGUGAACCCUGUUGGCUAAUAAUCAGUGUAGGAGCAACUGCCAUUUUUAAAAUAAAACCUUUAAUGUAGUUUUAUCCAAUCUCCCCAAAACUAAAAGGAAAUACAAUUAAUAAAUUGGAUUUAUUCAAAUGAGCUGAUAUCUAAGGGCCUGUUCCUGGAAGUAUGUACUCCAUGUGAGUAGUCCUGUUGACUUCAGUGUCACAUGCAGGAGUGUUGGUAGGAUUGGGCCCUACAUCUGAACAAAGAAGGCUUCUUGGGGAGUCCUAGAACCAGGCAAAAAUUGGAGGGUUAAGAGAGAGAUGGGAGGCUGAUGGGUAAUGCAGAGUCAGUUAUACCAGGAUAAAUUGUGCCUUGGCUUCCCAACCCAGUCUGUGUGACAAAAUCACAGUUAUGAGUUUGAAAGGUCUCUAAAAUCCGAUUAAUUUUUAAAGCAGAGAUUUCAAAAGAAAGGGCGGAAGAGAGCUGAAGCUGACAGUCCCACGCUGGGAGCAGCUAGCAUGGACGUAUACCUGUACAAAGGCCGAUUGACCCCAGAACUCCACACAGCACAGAGGCUCGUGCAGGAUUGGAGCCUUUAUCCAGAAAAGCAGCAAAGUUGUGGGAGAUCUUGUGGCCAAAGGCUUUGGCGAGCUGUGCUGUAGGAGACACAUAAAUCAUGAAGACUGUUAGGGAGAAACAAAAGUGGCACUUUAAUACCUUAAUUUCUGCCUCUGCUCUGAACUACUGCGACUAUCACCACUUCAGCAGGGCUUUUACCUCAAAUCUCUCGCCCUCUCCUUUGGGUAUAAGGGGAGGAAGUAAAGGCAGGACAUUUUUACAGUCAUAAAGAGUCAUUUUCUUAUUCGCAAUUAUGCUUUGCGGGUAAGAGAUGUAAGAAUUACACUGUAUCCUUGAAAUACCUCAUGGCUUGAGUUUACAUAGCUUGCUUCCAUAUUUUUAUUUUUCUUAUUUAUUCACAAUAGAA